GCAUGUGUGAGAGUGUGUAGUAGAUGGAGCAUCUCACCCACAUCACUGAAACACUGCAGCAUCCUCGCGAUUAUUCUCGCACAAAUCGACGGCAGGGCGGACAGAUCUGUCCGUAUUUCUCUCUGAGUCCGUCUCGGUGUAUUCGUGUCGGUGUAGCGGAUCGCGGCUGCUCGGUAAGAUGCUGUAGCUCUGGCUGGUGUUGGCGUGAGCAUCUGUCUCGUCUCACCGCGGGAGGCCCCCUCGUGCACACUCGCUGUCGCCAUGACGACCUCGGCCCUGCGGCGGCAGGUGAAGAACCUCGUGCACAACUACUCGGACGCGGAGAUCAAGGUGCGCGAGGCGACCUCUAACGACCCCUGGGGCCCGUCCAGCUCGCUGAUGUCGGAGAUCGCCGAGCUGACCUUCAGCGUGGUGGCCUUCAGCGAGGUCAUGGCCAUGGUGUGGAAGCGCCUCAACGACCACGGCAAGAACUGGAGACACGUCUACAAGGCGCUGACGCUGCUGGACUAUCUGGCUAAGACGGGCUCGGAGCGCGUGGCCCAGCAGUGCCGCGAGAACGCCUUCGCCAUCCAGACGCUGCGGGACUUCCAGUACGUGGACCGGGACGGGCGCGACCAGGGCGUGAACGUGCGCGAGAAAGCCAAGCAGCUGGUGGCUCUGCUGCGGGACGAGGAGCGUCUGAGGCAGGAGCGGGCGCAGGCGCUCAAGACCAAAGAGAGGAUGGCGAGCGGCGUUCCUCCGGCGUACCCCAGCAGACGCAGCAGUCAGCCCAGCAUGAACGCUCUGUACGGAGAAGAGUUCAGCCGCUCCAGAGGAUCGCCGUCAUCCUUCAACUGUGAGACGCACGCUCUUUAACUCCUGCUGUUAGCUCAGUGUCAGCUUCCAUUCGUUUAAACAA